AUGUUAAGAUACUUGACUCUUGUUUCCUAUUUUGAUAGCACCUUGUUGCCUCCAACAGACAUGAAGUCUGAGAUAAAUGAAUGGUACAGAACUGUGGAGAAUUUAAACCAAAGUUUAGACACCCACAAUGCAGAGUGCGUGAAGAAAAUGCGCAGCAAGUAUGAGCUGGUCCUGGGCAAAUGUCAGGAAAAAGUGCAGGUCUGCAAGAUGAGCCUGCUGGAUAUGAAUGUUUACACGGUAAAAGAUGUUGAAAUUGUGCACUCUGACAUGCUUCACAUGACUGAGAAACUAGAACGUAGGCUCGAAGAAGAACUGGAGCAUAUGGAUCCAUCUCCUUAAAGUCUCUCUAAAGAGCAUGAGCAGCACUGUUAAGGCUUGUACAGCUAUUUUCAGGAGGCCAUGGCCCUCUGGGAUGUCCAUAAACUCCGACUGUCCCAGCAGGAAAGUGAACUUCAGAAGAAAGUAGAUGAAUGCAGAUGGGAACAGGAUAGCAUUAUACAGUGCAAAGAUGUGGAAAAACACUGCUUGCUACUUCAUGUGAGACUGAAUGAGACACUCAACCAAGUUGUAAUGGAUGAAGUAAUGGCUUACCCAGGAGCUAUUUUGCAGGAGUUGAUUUCUUACAGCAUAUCCAUCAGCCAGCAUUUUAAUGUGAAGGAAGUCUUCAAACAGAACUUGCAAGGCGAGAUAGCCUCCAUGGUUCAAGAUGAAAGUGAUACCUCAGUGGUACAAACAGGACUUGAGGUGCACCAGCAGAGAGCAGAGUGGGACAAUGGUCUCUCUCAGCCAAUGCCAGAAGAGACAGACAGUUGUCCACGAUCAGAUGGAGAAACAAACCCAGCUGAGCAUGAGGAGAUCUUGGCACAGGAAACUGAAGAAACAGAGGAAGAUGGAGAGAGCAUUCCUCAUACAAGUGAAGACACUGAACAUGCAGAACAAGGGGCAGUGUUCAAUAGCAGCAAGGCAGAAGGUACUGAAAAGGCCAUGGAAAUAUUUUCCACUGCUAGUGGAAACAUUGACGCUGUCCUUGGAGUUGAAGAGGCAGGAAAGACUGACAUCACAGAGAAUUAUUUUACAAAAUAUGAAAAGAGAAUCAAAGAAUCACUUCCUAUGUACCUGAAAUAUGUGCUUCUCAAAGAAACCGUGUUUGUCAAGCUGAAGAAAAAGAUUCGCCUCUGCUUUUUUGAACACUUGGAGAAAUGGUUUGCAGAAUCCUUGUCCAAAUCCCGUGUCUUCGUGGCUGCCAAGAAAGAGGAGCUGAAUUCAGUACUUCUGCUGCGUCUUCAGUUGCAUCAAGAAAAGCAGGAGGAGAUAGAGACAAAUAUCUACAAUGUUAGAGCUGGGGAACUGUCACUUCCCAAAGAGCGUCUCGAGUGCCACUGUGAGGGACUGGAAGAAGGCCUGAAAAAGGAGAAAGCUGAAUUUCACCAAUUUUUGGAUCAGCUAACUAACCUCAACAAAAACUUCGGCUCCCGAAUCCGUAACUUGGAGUAUGACUUCCUCCAUGCUCCUGUGACUGAGCAGUCAGCUUCUUCCAGGAACAGUCUGCAAUCAGAGCUCCACAAUCAUCUGGAAUCAGUUGGGGUUACUGUGAGGAGUUACCAGCACCAUUUGGAGGAAGCUUUAGGAAAACUAAAGCGUUCAAAUGUGGAUUUUCUCAAAACUUGCAGAUUAUUUUUGGAGGGAGGUGACUUCUCUUCGGAAGAAGUAAAGUUUUUCCACAGCUGUCUUCAGAAAGAAAGUAAGCAAAUUGACUCUCUGGAAAGUUUAAUCAAGACAGAUGUGGAGAAAAUGGAAUCAAGCUGCUUGGAGCAGGCUACUGAACUUAUCAAGCAGUCUGAAAAAAAGUUUGCUGAUGUCUCUGUGAGUCGAGCCUUUAUGGGGAAGGUCCAGAAAUCUUUGAGAUGGCUACAACAGCAAAUCAAAUCAGAGGUAGCAAAUUCCAAUUUGCAGUCAGUGACAUUAAAGUCUUACGUGGAGAAGCUCCAGCAGAAGAGAGAUGCUUGUGCUCAUCCUACUGCAGAUAAAGAAGCUUCAGCUUCUGAAGAGUUGUAUGAUUUUGCUAGAGCUGUUCAAGAGCUGCAAAAGAGAAGCCAGUAUCUUGACUGCUUCUUAGAAAAAGCAAUGAUCCCACGUGCCAGUGAGGACGUUCCCACUCUUGCCAUGGAUGGGAUGUCACAAGAUUCCAUUGCUCCUGCUGUUCAAAGAGAGAGCCUCAGAGAUGAGAGCAAAAGGAUGGUAAUGGGGCUGGAUCCUGAAAAAUUCCCCGUGUUAAAUCCCAGCAGAACGGAUACGUCAGCACUUGAUGAUUUGGCAAUAAGUGUUAUCCGGAAUUUAGUUGGAUUUGUCCCGUCCAAACAAUCUCCAGACUUAAAUCAAGAGAGAAAAGAUCGCUCACGUUCAUUAGGACCACUAAAGAAGAAGGUAUCCAAUGCACGUGCAGCUCAGAGCACCAAGAAAUCAUCUUUGGAUGAAACGAAGCCAAAAAAAAGCGAAAAGAAAAGCACCAAAUCUGUUCCCAAGGACAGGACAUACCAGAUAUUUGAAAAGAAGCCUCCAAAGUCUGAUACUUUGAAGGGGAUCAUUAUGAAUAUUCUCUGGACGGGUAGCAACACCUUGCUUGACCUCGGUGAGGAUUUUUAUGGAGAAAAGACACCUCAGAUGGGAAUACCUAAAUAUCUGCCAGAGACUUUUGAACGUUGGGCAGAAAAGCUCAGACAGAAACUACUGUCAUACAAAAGACAGGCAGAUGAUGACUACAAUUUCUGUCUUAGAGAAUUUCGGGAUCAGCUGAAGUGGUUUGAGGAGGAGCUCUCUUCUGUCUCCCAGUUAGCAGUGGAUAGUCUUUUAAGAGAACAUGAGCAGAAACUCAGCUCUUGCACUGCUCAGAUUCAGCACCUCUUCAACAGACAGCUGGGAGAGUGGGAGGAUAUGAAGGUAUCUAUCAUGGAUAUAUUGGAAUGCUUCCAGUAUUACUCCCUGGGACACCCAAACAACUCCCUUCAGCUGGAGGCUUUGUGGCAAGAGGAAAUAAAAAGGCAAAAAGAUCAAACUGAGGGUGUUCACCUCAACACAAAGAUGCUGCAGGACUGUGCUGCUGAGUGUGCUCAGAGCUUUUUUUCUGCACUGGCUGCCCUCGCUGAAAAGCUGCUCUUGGAAUUGGAUGAAACCAUCACCGUUGAUGACAUACAAGUAGCAGACACUGAAAGACCUAGAGAGAAGAUGUUGACUUUAAGCCAUCGGAAACAAGCUGGACUUCCUCUAGAAACCUCUAAAGUUCAACAGUUAAUCAAACGAGGGAGGGGGACUUGACCAGGAAUACCUGAGACUACUCUUCCUGAAGCUCCAGCCUAUGUUCUUUGCAGAGGAACUGCAACGGUUUCAACAGCUCAGACUACCCUGGGCCAUCUAGCAGUGAUGGAUGCGAGACAAGCUGCAUACCAGAAAUACAAAUGUAAGCUUGAGCAGCUGUUCGCCCAGAUCAAGGAAGAAAGUGCAGCUCGGCUGCUGGCAAUUCAGCGUUGGCAAGAUUGGUGGGAACAAUCCAUCCAAAAGAUGAAGCAACUCUACCUCUGAGAGCAGUCAAUUCUUGCUGAAUCUUUGUUGGUGUAAAUUGACAAGUUUGUGAUAAUGUCAGCAAUGUUACAGAGUUAGUGCAAUAGAGUUUUUUUCUUUUAUCUCACUAAUCUGCUGCAUUGAAAGAAGCUAAUUUUUGCCUUUUUGCGUUGUGUUACCACUCUUGUUUCCUCAUAUAUAUUUUUAAGACAAUUCAUAAACUCAUCUUUACAAUUUACAUAAUCUCUUGAUUUGGCUACAGUGUCAUCUGUUAUUAUUCACUUAUGAGUAUUUGUGCACACAAACCCUUUGUGCAAGGGCUCUUAAUGCAUAUUUAUUAGCUGAGUUUGUUUUGUUGCAACUUUGCUGCCUUCAGCUGGUUUGGUCUGAAAACUCUCCAAGGCAUGGAGGAAAACUAUCCCUACCUAUGCACCCUUGUAUCAAGGCCUCUGUGUCCGAGCAGCUCUCCAUGGAGAUCU